UCAUGACAGUCCUCAGUCUGGCGCACUUUACACAACCUCAGUCAACAGUAACUGGGAUAAUCCAUAUAUAUCAUACAUAACUCAAUGUAAGAUAUACGGGACGAUAAAUUACAUUCGGUAAAAGGUGUAAUAUUUUGCUUUAUUUCAAAUUUACUUUAUUGUUUUGCUCUACUAUAAUCCAUAUGGCGCGUUUACACGGUGUUGACGACAGGGGCGCUAUUUUAAACCUGUCGCAUCUACAUCUGGGCGACUUGAACUUGGACCAUAUUGUGGACAGUAAAAAGAAACAAAUCCAACAACUGCAUCUCACAUAUAACCGUUUAUCGCUUCUUCCACCUUCUGUUUGCUUGCUAUCUAACCUCGAAUAUCUGGAUAUCAGCAAUAAUGUUCUCACAUUCAUACCAGAGGACAUUAUACGAUUGACUAACCUAAAGACGUUUGUUGCCAAGAAUAACCUUCUGGACGAAUCCUCAUUUCCCAAGGAGUUUGAAUGCAUGCAUGUUGAGAAUCUGAAUCUGAGUGGGAACAGGUUUGAGGAUAUACCAAUACAGUUUCUCAAACUGACCAGACUACAGUCGCUUUCACUUGGAGGAAACAGAUUGAAGAGCAUUCCUGUAGAAAUAGAGAACCUGCUCAGCCUAGAAAUGCUGUAUUUGGGUGGGAAUCUGAUCUCCGCUAUCCCAACUCAGCUGGCUAACCUCACCUGUCUGAGAUACCUGGUUCUGUGUGACAAUCGCAUCCAGAGCAUACCACCCCAACUCAACAGACUACACUCCCUGCUCUCUCUUAGUCUCCAUAACAAUCUGCUGACCUUCCUCCCUCGUGAGCUCCUCAGCCUUGUCCAUUUGCAAGAGCUCAGUCUCCGUGGCAACCCUCUUGUUGUGCGCUUCAUCAAAGACAUGACCUACGACCCUCCUUCCCUGAUGGAGCUGGCGGGGCGCACAAUCAAAUCCCGGAAUCUUCCUUACCGCUUAUGUGACCUACCAUCCAAUCUGGUUCAUUAUUUAAACCUGGCUAGUGAGUGUCCUAACCCUAAGUGUGCAGGUGUUUACUUCGACUCGUGCGUGAGACAUAUCAAGUUUGUGGAUUUCUGUGGGAAGUACCGCCUGCCGCUCAUGCAUUACCUCUGUUCUCCACAGUGUUCCUCUCCUUGUAGCUCAAACCCACAGAGUGAGGCAGAGUCAGAGGACGAGAACAGCGUGCCAGCAGACAGGCUGCAGAGGGUACUGCUUGGAUAGGUCAAACCUCCAAAAGGGACAGUUACCUGUCAAAGGAUUUUGAUUUAUUACUUUAUACAAUACUGAAUAACACUUCCUCCUGAAAGUGUUUCAAAACCGUUUUAGAGUUUGAACAAAAAAUAACUGGUUCUUUAAAUCAACUGUAUUAGGUUUAAACUUCCUUUAUGAAGUUGACUGACCCUCAUAAUUUUACCCUGAGAGCUGUAAAAACGACUGCAUCAUGCCUAAAACAGUACUUUAAGUUGUAUUAAGAGAUCAGCCUGCUGUAAACAAAUUACAAACCACUGACAAAUGGAGAACAAAUUAAAUACUUGCUCUUUUUGCAAUUCAUCAUGAUCAAAACAUGAAUAGUUACACUUUAACCUCUUAUUUUCUUGUAUUGACAGUUAAUCUGCCCUAACUCGUCAGUCCAAAGGUCAAGUUAUAGGCUAUGAUGGCUACCUAGCACAGUAUGAAGAGAUAUCAUCCAUGUCUUAGAAACAUAAUUGCAGUUGCUGAUGUACAGUAUACUGUAAAGAAUUUUGUAGAUUGUCUUAUUGCCAAAAGUUUGUCUAUGAUGAACAGGUUUCAUUUUGUAUUAAGAAGCAGUAGUGGUUUACUGUUCGUAAAAGACCUCAUAAUUGUCUGGUUAAUGAUCUUAAUAAUAAUAAA